AUGACAAUUCACAAUUUAUAUAUCUUCGAUCGCUAUGGGACAUUGUUAUAUUAUGGUGAAUGGAACAGAUCCAAACAGUCUGGUAUGUCUCGAGAGGAAGAGGGAAAACUUAUGUAUGGAAUGUUAUUUUCAAUCAAAUCAUUUGUUGCUAAAAUAUCACCAUUGGAUCCAAAAGAUGGGUUCCUGAACUACAAAACUUCCAAAUACACCCUUCAUUGUUUGGAAACACCAUCGGGUUUGAAGUUUGUUAUGACCACUGAUAACCAAGCACAGGGUGUUAGGGAAUUGCUGAAGAAGAUUUAUGGAGAAAUUUAUGUAAAAUAUGCAGUGAGAAACCCCCUAUGUGGUAUCGGAGAACCAAUUACUAGUGAACUGUUUAAAAAUAAAUUAGAUUCUUUCAUAAAGCAAACACCUAUACAUGCUGUUAGAGCUUCUUAA